CUACAGGCAAAAAUACGACUUCGGAGUGAGAGCCCUAGAGGUGAAUCAUGUUGCUGAGUUUCUAAGUCCGCAGCGAAAAAUAUGAUGAGGAGAAUGCGUAGUUGGAUUCCCGUCCUCGGCUUUCCGUUGUCCCAGCACUUGUUCGCGCUCGUUUUUCGUUGCCGAACCGUGCGUGCCCAAGGUGCCUGUGUGGACAGCGGUACGGCGCAGCAAUGCGCCGAUUUCUCCAAGUCAUUCAAUUGCUACGACGAUAUGGGAGCGCAGUGUCGUUCCUUGAACGGAGAGUCGCACCCCGCCUGUCCGGCCUUGGCGGGAAUCAAGCUGCAAAGCGUGUGCUGCGCGACCUGCGCAGGCUGUGGGGACUUUCACUGGCAGUGCACCACACAAUACGUACGGAGCUACCUAAACCUACUGUUGCUUGCCUUUGAAGAUUCAGCUUCAGGUUCUUCACCAUACGGCUCAGCUGACGAGUUUUCCGAUUUAUUGUCUCGGAAUUCUUCCCACUUUUCUUCUUCGGAAGAAGAUGUGUAGUUGCUACUGUUUGGCAAUAAACACUGAAUGAAGAACAACACCAACAAUGAAAUAAACAGUCGAAGUACUACGGAUGCAACGAGGACCUCGGCGUCGUCUGCCGUGACUUACUAGGCGCCAGCGAGCCGGGCUGCACCCAGCUGGACGGCCGACUGGUGAAGCUGGAUUGCUGCCGCAGUUGCCGGGACAUUGAGGCCAACGACGUGGCGACGCUGAUGCGGCUGGAGUGCCUGGCGCACCAGGAGCUGCGGAUGCGGUACGACGUGAAUUACCAGGAGGGCUUGGCAGUCUUGCGGAACACGAACGGGUGCAGUGCACAAAAUCUGCACAACCCGAGCGACGCGUGGGCGACGCUGCCCGUGGUGUGCCGGCAAGCCAUGUGCAAAGCGUAUUUCGCACAGUACGUCCCCGCCUGCAGCUGCUUUACGGACGAACGCAAUGAGGCCGCCGCUCUGAAAUCCCUGUGCAGCAGCAGCUCGAUCUGGGGCACGGAGUACGCGAACUUCGAUGUGGGGGGGCAGAGUGAUCUGUGCGCCAAUUUUGCCUUCAUCGCCGGUCGGGUGCGCGAGCCGACCCGGCCGAUGGGCAAUCCCGACCAAAUUUUUGCGGUGAAGAAGCACCUGGCGGAAACUGUGUUCAAAGUCGACAGCUACACCCGUUUUCUCUGGAUCACGGAAGUGGCGCUGGUCGAUUCUAAUGACGCAACCAAGGGGUACGACUACAAGCUCGUCAUCGGAAUCGGGUCGAAAAACUUUUUGGAGGAGGUGUUCGCGCCGAAAGUCGGCCUGGUCACCUGGACGGGGAUCGAGUAUUACAACAUGAACGGCCCGAUGCCGACGCUGACAGCGACCGCAGCGCCGAAUCAAAUCUUGCAGUUCCCAACGACCACCACCGUGGCGCCCGUCGUGACUGCUCCACCGGCCACGACGACAACGACAGCAGCGCCAAGUGGUAAUGGCACAAGUUCUUCUGGCGCGGAAGCACCCGCCCCUAGUCCGGAGACCACGACAACGACGACCACGUCAACCAGCACAACAACGCGAAAGCCCUCGGCGGACUUCGCUGGGUUGCUGGCGCAAAUUUUGGCGGACAGCGGUGGAGGAGGCAGUUCCGGGACCACGUCUUCUCAGGACGCGAACUUGAUCGCCGUUCCUCUCCCCACUACUGUAGGCUGUUCAAACCCGAACGGCGGUGAGGCGACCUUGCAAGCCCUGGAGAGUCUGCGCCUGCGGGAACUAGAAGAAGAUGUCUAUGACGUGGUCUCCGCUGCGGGCGUUGAGAUUGACGCCGAGGACGUAGCAGGGACUUCUGCAGGAGACGAAAGCUCUUACAAUGCAAAUGGUGCGGUAACAUGGGCCGACGAGAGUAGCAUAAAUGCGGAAAUAAAACCACGAGGACCGAAAAUAUCAAUCGACAAGGCUCUCGGGGACUUUUUGGAGCAAAUCGGCUACAAUAGCGACCAAUCGAUUGUGCGAAGCGAUCCUGCAAUUUGCCUUCAUGCGACCUGA